UUACAACAGUGAGUGGAAAGAAAACACCAGAUCACAACUUUACUCACAAUCCCGUACGCACUGGUGUUACAACUCUUUCUCAGCCUAUCAAUUAUUUCAGAGACGCUUAGAGUUCGAAGGUCAAAGUUCCAAUUACGGAAGUUGCGCAUGCGCAGAGAGAGUUUCGGAUUGCUACGGACGGGAGAUUUAAAACCAUUCACCAAUCGGAGAGGCGAGAGAGAGGCAAUUUACCCGGCGUAUAAAAACCGCGCCCUUUUGAGAGUCAAAAGAAACCGUUGGCAUUUUACAUCUGGCAGUGGAUGAAAGAACAUGAAUAAAAUCAUGCAGGAAAAUAUCGAAGAUCUGUGCAAGCCCGCUCUCUGGCGCGCUGUUGUAGCAGAGUUCUUCGGAACCCUAUUUCUGGUUCUAUUCGGGUGCGGUGCAAUUGAUAAUAAUGGCAUCAACAAUUCAAUUGUUCAGAUUGCCUUAGCUUUUGGACUUAUCUAUGGAUCGAUGGUAUGGUGUUUUAAUCAUGUCAGUGGUGGUCACUUUAACCCAGCUGUGUCAGUUGCCGCCGUCGUGUGCCGCCGGGCGUCCGUUGUUCGCGGCCUCCUCUACAUCAUUGCCCAGCUUGUAGGAGGAAUCGCUGGCGCCGGCAUCCUGCGCGGUCUGUCCGCCGACGCCAGCUACACCGUUGGCGUCACGGCUGUGCGAGGAACACUGACGGAAGCCCAGGGUUUUGGUGUGGAGCUACUCAUCAGCUUCGUUCUCGUAUUUGUCGUGCUCGCCUCCACCGACGACAAGAGAUGCGACCUUAGCGGAUCCGCUCCCCUCACCAUCGGCCUCGCAAUUGUCGCCGGCACCCUCUUCGCCUACAACUACACGAUGGCGAGCAUGAACCCGGCACGGACGUUUGGACCCGCUCUCGUACAGAACAACUGGGCCAACCACUGGGUGUACUGGGUUGGUCCAAUCAUCGGCGGGCUGGUUGCUGCCCUCGUAUACGAGUACGUGUUCGCCGCCGGCGCCUCCUUCAGCAGAACCAGGAAAUUCGUCCUCAAGCACCGCAAGCCCGCUGACAAACCCAAGAAACAGAAGAACACGGACGAGCUGAACAGCAGCAAGGCUGGACUCAUCGAGGUCCCCACAACAGACAACGAGGGCGACGCCGUGCUGGAGAUGGAGAAAAUCGAAGAGGAGAAAAAGGAUGAAGAGCCAGCAACAGCGGAGUCAGAGGUCAAGGCCGAGUAGAAACCACGUGACCAGUUGUUGCGAAAUGCGCAUGCGCACAACCACCUCAUGACAUAGAUUAGAUAGGAACUGUUUGAAAGCCUGAAGUAAUAUAUGGGUUUGGUUGCGAACUUGUAUUGAAGUUUAUUGAGAUGGAAUCAUCUGGAAUGAAAUUUCAUUUUACUUAAAUUGAGCAUUCAGAUAUUAUUCGAUUGUAACCUCGUAAUAGCGAUUUGUUUCCUUUUGCCAGUUAUAUAUUCAAGCAUUAAUUCUUAACAUAAGCCAGUAUUACUUUUACUGAAUAUGGUGUAGCAAAUAAUGAAUGGAGAUUGGUUAUUGGUGCAUAGUAUUUACAUACUUACAUAAACCAUUAUCACCUCAUUAUCAUCAUCGUCAUCAUCAUCAUCAUUACUUUUUGUCAUCUCCUUACUUCAACACGUUUGCAUUUGUCACAUAUUUAAAAAGGCAAACACUACCAGGAAAUAAGUACUACAUAUUUGGCAGCUGUUUUGGGCACAGAACUGCACGUUUUGUUCGGCAAGUGAAUGUCAGAUUGGGUGAGGAGUCCAUGAUCAAAGAAUGCCUUACAUUUUGUGUGUUUGUUUUUGUUUUAGUAUAAUUCAUUCUCAUUACCAAAAAAUGGUUAACAAAAAUGUCACCAACUGUCCUGUGCAAAUGAAUCAUUUUCGGUUCGUCAUAUUUCAUUUACUGUAUAGCGCACCAAAGUCAUUAUUAUAUUAUGUGUAUUAUUUUGUAUAUACCAUAUUAUUUAAUAUAAUUCUACAUACUUAUAUGCUUUUAAAAAAAUACGUAUUCACUAAAUAUUAAAUUUUGGGAAUGAUUUUUAAAAAAAUGCGAACAAAUAACAUGUAUGUCCUCCAACAGUUUAUUAUUAUUUUUAUUAUACUAGUCAAUAUUUUUCUCAUCUUUCCUGGCUUAGAACAUGUACUUUUAUCGUCUUUUUUAUUAGGUUUUUCUUUAGACUGUACGAUUAUUUAUAUAUUCUGCUGCAGAAUACAAUGAUUUUGAUAUCUAAGUGUUCAAUAAACGAAACGAAAUGAAAUAUUCUGA